AUGGCACAUGAUGGUGUGUCGCAUAGAAUAUUGGUGGUCAGUAUCGACAUUGGAACCACUUCCACUGCUGCGUCCUACUGGAUUGGCUUUGACUCUGGAAACUCAGAGGCAAGGGACAUCCGAACCAUAGACGACUGGCCAGCACUCAAAUAUAACGACCGAAACCAGAUGAAAGUGCCGACACUCAUCGACUAUGGCUCUGAAAGCACGACAUGGGGAUACAUGAUACCAGAAGGCGCUACACGAGUACCUUUCAUCAAGCUCCUCAUGCUAGAUAAGAACGACCUUCCACUGUGGUUGCAAGACAACGACUCGAUAAAUUCUGCAAUAGUGCAGCUUAUGCGACUAGGCAGAAGUCCAAUGACCGUCAUGGCCGAUUUUCGGGCUGUUAUUGGUGGCGUCCCGGCCGAUGAAGCAUUUCGAAACCUGGUGAAGGGUCAGGUUGGUGCUCGAGUCUGGGAGAAUAUUGACCCACGCGACAGAGAGAGCAACUUUCACACCGGUUGGGACCAUAACUUGAAGCGCAACUUUGAUGGGACCCAAGAGCGAUACGAUUACUGCAUCGGCGACUAAAGCAUCUCCCUCAGCAGAUGACAGAUCGAAAAGUGCAUCGAUGUCGUAAUUUUCGGCACUUUUAAGCUCGUGACGAAGCAGCUUCGGGCCAUUCAACAGGAGACCGGAAGAUCUGCAACCUAUAUCUUUCUCGUGAGUGGUCUCGGAUGCAGUGUAUGGCUUCACAAGAAGGUUGUUGCCGCUUUCUCAGGAGUUACGGUCAUCAAGGGACUUGGCAAUGAGCCGUGAGUCACUCCGCAAAUAUCAACCAGUGCUUUGCCAGUACUGACAGAGAACAGAAGAAAGGCAGUUGGCGAGGGUGGCGCGCUAA